AUCACGUUUGAUACUUUAAUUUAUAUGGCCAUAAAUGUAUAAACGCAACUAACUGAUCAAAACUUAUUGUGCCACCUAUGUUUUCAACCAUCAAAUUGCAAUGGGUUCCUAACCCGUAGCUGACGUAUUUUAUAUUUAAGAAUAUUCAAUUGUACAGAAAUAUAGUUUAAGUGAAAGUAUCUGUGUUUGUUUUAAUCAUAUAUCAUUUAAUAUUGUUCAUGAUUAAGAAAUAAUGUCCUUCGAGUACUUGCCCGUGGCUGAAGAUGAAAAUGAAGAACCCAUAGAACUUCCAAUCGAAGAAGAUGGUACGUUGAUGUUAACAACAGUAUCCGCGCAAUUUCCUAGCUGUUGUGGACUGAAGUAUCGACAUCCCGAGACAAAAACUUUUAGAGGUAUUAGAUUAAGGGAUGGCAGGCUUUUCCCACCUUCAGAAGGUUGGGGUAAUCAUCUUUAUAUUUGCAGUUUUCCAAAAGAAAAUAAACGAAAAUCAGGUGAAAAUUCAGAAACUUCAUCGAUUAAAAGUAAACGUAAUGAUAAUCUGUGCUCUGAUUUAAUUGUUUUGGGUUUGCCAUGGAAAGCAACAGAACAAACUGUACGAGAGUACUUCGAGAAAUUCGGCGAAGUUUUGAUGGCGCAACUGAAACGUGACCCUAAAACUGGUAUGUCAAAAGGUUUUGCAUUCAUUCGAUUUUCAUCAUAUACAACUCAAAUGAGAGUGCUAGCUCAGAGACACAUGAUAGAUGGUCGCUGGUGCGAUGUACGGAUACCCAAUUCAAAAGAAGGUUCCCUCAAUUCUAUGCCUUGCAAAGUUUUUGUUGGACGCUGUACUGAAGAUUUAACAGCCAAUGAUUUAAGAGAAUACUUCUCACAAUUUGGAGAAGUUACUGAUGUUUUUAUUCCAAAGCCUUUUAGGGCAUUCAGUUUCAUUACAUUUUUGGAUCCUGAAGUUGCACAAAACUUAUGUGGUCAAGAUCAUAUCAUAAAAGGAGUUUCGGUGAAUGUGUCAAAUGCAUCACCAAAACAAAACAAAAGUGGCUCUAACCAACGGAAUCUACCAAGUAGAAACUAUGAUGAGGGCCAUCCACACAAUGCUUCAAACAACAACUCAUGGAGUAACCGUAAUAUGGAUAUGGUAAAUAUGCAAGCUUUAGGUUUAUCUGGACAGCACGGCCAAACUGCUGUGGCUGGAGGCGGUGGCCAGGGGCAAGGCGGUAGUAUGCCACUGGGCAUGGGAGGCUUACCAGUAAAUCAGGCACUUGUAGCAGCAGCUCUGAAUCAAGCAGGUUGGGGUCUAAUCAACAAUAUACCUUCUGGAGGCUCUGAACAAGGAGCUUUUGCAGGCCCAGCUUCGUCCGCCCCCCCUGCACCACCCAACUUUCUCUCAUGGAUGCAACAAGGUAAUUCUGCACAGGGACCUUCUAGUCAGUGGGGACAAAGACACCAAUCCCAAGGCCAUUCUGUUUGAUCCAGUGUCUGAUUUGAUAAGCUCACAAUAAUCUCUGUGAUUGUAGCAAGAAUUAGAUAAUUAUUUUGUGUUUACCUAUAAAACAAAUGGGUUGUUCUGUUGGUGAAGAGUGGUUUGCUACUGAUGUUAUUAAUUUAUUAUGGAAUUGUGUUUUGUUGUUUUUUCUUUAAUCUUAUUACAAUAUAAUGCUGUUAAACGUUUGGAUACAUUUAAAGCAGUAGCUAAUGUAUAAUGUAUAAAUAAUAUGAAUUAAUUGUUGGUGUGCUUUUCUCCUUCAGGUAAUUUUUACUUUAAAUGAUAUUUAACCCACUAACUAUUUUCAAAACUAAAAAUGCAGAAGUAAAAGCUUUAUAGUAAUUUCAUACUACAAUGAGAGCAGUUGCUUAGCUGUAUUUUAUUAAUUAUCACUUAAAAUAUUUUAUCAUCAAUAACAACAUUUAGGAAUAAUGUUAAUAUCAGCAUCUAUUUACUAUAUAUUUUCCCCUCUUUCUGGUAUUAUAAGCCUUCUGUAAUGCUGCCUGAUGCACAUAUUCAUUGGGUCAGAGAUUAUGCUCUUACAUUUUAAAUAAAAUAAUUACUGUCCUUAGAUUUGAACUCCUGCAAUAGUUAAAAUUAUAAUAUGUAAUUUCUGAAAAGGAUUUUAUUUUAUUAAGUAUAUUUUUUUAUUAUCUUACAAAGCAAAACCGAAAAAAAAAAAUCAUGAAAAUUCAUUUAUAUAUUUUUAUGUGAGUGUAUUUUGUCAGAUGUAGUAUGGGUUUAUUUGUUUUAUUAUUUAUUUCUUUUAUUGUUUUCUCUUUUGACAUAAUGUGUACCUAAUAAAUAUUGCAACCCAAAUAAGUUGUACCUUUAAUAGAUUAAGCGUACUGUGCUUUGUACAUUAUUAUGUAUAUGUUUUUACAACAGACUGUUGAAGUUCAUACUUGUAUAGUGAAAGAUAGAGGUCUAUUGAUUGUUAUCAUUGUUUAUCAAAUAAUGUUGAUUAUUAUAAAUUUAUUAUGUGUGUUUCCUCAGGAUAUGUGCAAAAUGGUAAAUGUCUAUUUUUGACUAAAUAAAUGGCUAGAUAUUUUUGUGACUAA